AAGCUCAAAGCUCGAGCGCCGCCUCUCGGCAGAGUGAUAAAUGGGCGCGCGCGCGGGCCUGAGCCUCAUUCCGGUGUGUUGACAGCGUCUCAGUCAGUUCAUCAUGUUUGUGCGGCUCUUUCUCGUCCUUCUCUCUGUGGCUGCUUGGACUAGAGCAGCUGCUGUUCGAGGCGACAGUCAAUUAACGGAGAGUGUUUGCGACGGAUAUUCCUCCCCAGUGUGCACGCGCGAGUAUGUCCCUGUGUGCGGGUCCGAUGGGGUGACAUAUGGAAACAUAUGCACGUUCUGCGCUGAAAAACGGCAAAAUCAGCCCGACAUUUACAUAGUCAAACCAGGGGAAUGUUGAAACACACCACCACUUCAGCUGUGUUAAAAUGUUCAUUGUAUGUGUGAGCUGGAAUUAUAAUUCAUGUCCUGAUUAUAAUCUGUGAAAAGACAGGAAUGUUAAUAUGGAAUGUGUUUUCCUACUGUUUUAGAUUUGUCCUUUUCUGUGAAUUUUGGGUUUUCAUUCCAAAUUCUGUAUUAAAGAAGUGAAGAUUUCUGCAUGA